GCCUGCACCCACUCUCCUACCCGCUCUCCGGUCCUCUUCGUCCGGCCUCUCCAACAUGAAGCAGCCGCUCGGAGACCUGAUGAGGAUGAGCCGGAUUUGCCGCAUGGUUCUCGCUACUUGUCUGGGAUCGUUUAUUCUUGUAAUCUUCUAUUUCCAAAGUAUGUUCCAACCAGUCUUGAGGAGGAACACAUUUGUGGUGGACGGCUGUUGCAGGAAAGGAUCCAGAAACGCUCUACAGGAACUCUACAACCCCUCUGUGCCGGAGUUCUCGGGAGCAGCGGUUCUACACGAGGCUCGCAGGGACCAGGUGGCAGAGACGUGCAGACUCCACAGUGCCUCCAGCAGGAAGAGGAGAGUAUUGACCCCGGGGGACCUCAAACAUCUGGUGGUGGAUGAGGAGCACGAGCUCAUUUACUGCUACGUUCCCAAAGUGGCCUGCACAAACUGGAAACGGGUCAUGAUGGUGCUGACUGGGCGUGGCAAAUACAGUGAUCCGAUGGAGAUACCGUCAAAUGAAGCACACGUUCCAUCCAAUCUGAAGACUUUAAACCAGUACAGCAUCGCCGACAUCAACCAUCGCCUCAAGAACUACCUCAAGUUCCUCUUCGUACGGGAGCCAUUCGAGCGCUUGGUCUCCGCCUACCGCAACAAAUUCACGCUCAAGUACAACUCCUCCUUUCACAAGCGCUUUGGAACCCGCAUCAUACGCCGCUACCGCAAAAACGCCACCAUGGAAGCGCUAACCACCGGCGAUGAUGUCAAAUUCAGGGAGUUUGUGGAGUAUUUGGUCGAUCCUGCCACGCAACGAGAUGGUCCCCUGAAUGAGCACUGGCAGACGGUGUAUCAGCUGUGCCAUCCGUGUCACAUUCAUUAUGAUUUGGUGGGAAAGUACGAAACCUUGGAGGAAGACGCUAACUACAUCCUGCGGCUUAUCGGAAUGGGAAAUGCACUAAGAUUCCCAAGCUACGCUAAGUCGACGCGCACUACGGAUGCAAUGGCCGCACAGUUUUUUAGCAAUAUUAGCAGCCAACAGCAAGUGCAGCUCUACCAACUUUACAAACUGGACUUUUUGAUGUUUAACUACACCACACCGAGCUAUCUCAAGAUUGACUAGCGGUUAGCAUCGGUUUAACAUAAUCAGAACUGCUGUCUUUAGUUCUUGUCUUUUUAGCGCAAGAAACAUGAUGUCGAAUCCAAUCUACUGGUGACUUUCUAAGCGCCGAUUUUGAUUGCAGUAAAGCGUUUGGAUUUUCUGGCUGAAGCAGGUCUUCAAUGUGUUUCAAUGGGGAAUGUAUGCAACGAGAAUGAACUCUCAAUCUCUCUCGCAAUUUUUACCCCAAAUAUUUAAACAAACUGCAAAAUAAUUGCCAGACUAGCACGUGCCCUGACCCCAACACUGGCUUUGAAUAUGUUUUUGCCAUUAGAAGAACACUGCAAAUUGCAAACAACAA